UGGGAGAGUCCUGGAGAGUCCAUGCGAUAUAUUAUAUGUCACAGUAGACAGAAAUAUUUUUAAGAAAUAAUUGUUUUAUCACCAUUAUGCCUGCUUAUCAUUCCAGCUUUACAAAGAGCCAUGGCACCAUUGGAAACAUGGCACUAUUGCCAAUUAAAACGACAUUUAGAGGUCCUGCGCCUCCUUUUAAUAACAAAGAACAGGAUAUAAUUGAUGAGGCAUUGUAUUUCUUUAAAGCAAAUGUGUUUUUCAGAACAUACGAAAUUAAAAGCGAAGCUGACAGAGUUUUAAUCUACAUUACUUUAUUUAUUACUGAAUGUUUAAAGAAAUUACAAAAAUGUGCAACCCAACCGCAAGCCAUGAACGAGAUGUUUUCUCUUGCUAUCUCCAAAUUUGAUGUUCCCGGUGAUCCUGGUUUUCCUUUAAAUUCUGUAUAUGCUAAACCAAACAGUCCUGCUGAAGCUGAUCUUAUGAGACAGUAUCUUUAUCAAAUUAGACAGGAAACGGCUGUUAGGAUUGUUGAAAAAGUAUACGGCGAAGAUGGGAAACCAAGCAAAUGGUGGCUCUGCUUUGCAAAAAAGAAGUUCAUGGACAAAUCACUAUCUGGACCAGGACAGUGAAUUAUUUUUUUAUAUUGUUUUGAAAUGUGUUAUCAAGAAAUAAAAAACACUACGUGUUAUCAAGAAAUAAAA